GGGGUGUGUGUGUAUGUGUUUGAUGUGAGUUAGGAGUAUGGGAUGGGCACAAGGAAGUACAUGAGUUGUGUAUGGCUGCUAGCAGUGGGAGGUGUCUGAUGGUACCAGAGGAAGGAGAGUGCUGGGGAGCCCUGGUGGAGCUGGCAGGUGGUUCUCUGGAAUGGAGGCAGCUGUCCCAGGCACUCUGCUCCUAAGGUUAGAAGGGAAGAGCAAGGGCUAAUGGGGAUCCAUCUGUCUGGUCUGCCCCAGCCUGCAUGAGGAGUACAGCCCAGCCUGACAGAGUCCAGAAGCUAAGGGUCACUGAAGUGUCUCUGACAGCCUCACCAUGAACCUGGAGCCACCCAAGGCCGAGAUUCGGUCAGCCACACGGGUUAUGGGAGGACCAGUUACCCCCAGGAAAGGACCACCUAAGUUUAAGCAACGGCAAACCAGGCAGUUCAAGAGCAAGCCCCCCAAGAAAGGCGUCCAAGGGUUUGGAGAUGACAUCCCUGGAAUGGAAGGACUGGGAACAGACAUCACUGUCAUCUGCCCUUGGGAGGCCUUCAACCACCUGGAGCUGCAUGAGCUGGCUCAGUAUGGUAUCAUUUAGUCGACCCCUGCUACAAGAGCCUGUGGAGGAGGCCUGCUGAAGACCCACCCUACCCUACCACCCCCACCCUCUGUAAGCCCUGUCCAGGACCCCUGCCCAAGCCUAAGCCUGAGUCCCUAGCCAGGUUGUCCCUGGCCUCCAGGUGGGACAACUUCAUGCCCUGACACCAGCUACC